UACAAACCUCAUGGAAGCCGGAAGGCACAAAUGCGAACCUUACUGGGAUGACGACAAACCAAUGGCUGUGUCUUUCUUUAAUGUUGCGGUCAAAGAAACGUUCCACCUAGCGGAAUACAGCAUCAGAAAAAUCCAGGUCACUCAGACAAAGUCUGGAAAACUGACACAGAAGACGUUUGAUCAUUAUCACUUUACAUCGUGGCCGGACCACGGAGUUCCUAACGUGCUUGAUCUGUUAGAUUUUCUGUGGAAGACUAGAGACACUCCGAGACCACGCCCUGGUCCAGUCCUCGUACACUGCAGUGCCGGGAUUGGCAGAACAGGGACGUACAUAGCUCUCCACAUUCUCAUAGACGAGAUGAACGCCACUGGACAACUUAACAUUCUACAGACCAUCACCAAGAUGAGACACCAGAGGAAGAACAUGAUACAAACCAAGGAACAAUAUGAAUGUGUUUUCAUCACACUGCUGGAGGUAGUAAAAUAUGGGCAGACGAGCAUGCCCACGAAUCACUACCUACAGGCAUAUCCUACAAAGGGAGGCAACUUGACUAUGGGCAGGAAGACGAUUGACCAACUAGCUGAGGACAUCGUUUCCAUGAAUAGUCCACACAAUGCAGAUGCACAAGUGAAGAACAGACUCUGGGUGAACGGACAACAGGAUCAGUUCGUAGUGGGAGCCCCAUCACAGUUGCUGAAGCAAGGCUAUCUGUUGGCUCACACACCGUACAAAACUGAGCACCUGCUGUGGAAACUAAUCACAGAAACCAACUCUCUGACACUCAUCACACUGGGAGCCGAGACUGGGCUUGAAUUCAUUCCACAUCCAAGUCACAUCUGCGAGUAUGGACGAGUGACUGUGGCCACAGUCAACGAAACACGUUUAACAAGGGGAGUAACUCUGAAAACUCUCUCUGUUGGAAAGACGAGCGAUUCCGAAAAGAAGGAGAUUGCGAAUUACUCUGUUGAUCUGUGGUCGGAUGAGACUGACUCUUCCUCUGUGAUAGAGCAUCUCAUCAUCUUGAUGGAACAGAUGGAAAACAGACAGAAGAAACUAAAGUCUCACCCUGUCACCAUUGUGUUCAAUGUUUCCGACACAAAACAAGCGAUAUCACUCUGUAUCAUGAACAACAUCAUGUCUACUAUUUCGGUCCAUAAGGGGGUUGAGAUUUUCAACAACGUCAGACGAUUCCAAGAUGUCUUGCCAAAUGUGGAAUUCACUGAGGAAACCUUUAGACUCUUUUGCCAGCUGGCGUUUGUGUACCUGGAAUCGACUGGAGUGUACACCAAUAUGUGACACUGGCAAUGGAAGGACUACACACGUCAGCGCAUUGCUUAAUGCUUUAGAGACACCUGAGUACAUUGUUAAAUACUUUAGAGACACCUGAGUACAUUGUUUAAUACUUUAUAGACACCUGAGUACAUUGUUGAAUAAUUUAUAGACACCUGAGUACAUUGUUUACUACUUUAUAGACACCUGAGUACAUUGUUUAACAAUUUAGAGACACCUGAGUACAUUGUUUAAUGCUUUCGAGACACUUGAGUACAUUGUUAAAUAAUUUAGAGACACCUGAGUACAUUGUUAAAUAAUUUAGAGACACCUGAGUACAUUGUUUAAUGCUUUCGAGACACUUGAGUACAUUGUUAAAUAAUUUAGAGACACCUGAGUACAUUGUUUAAUACUUUAUAGACACCUGAGUACAUUGUUUUCUACUUUAUAGACACCUGAGUACAUUGUUUAACAAUUUAGAGACACCUGAGUACAUUGUUAAAUAAUUUAGAGACACCUGAGUACAUUGUUUAAUGCUUUCGAGACACUUGAGUACAUUGUUAAAUAAUUUAGAGACACCUGAGUACAUUGUUUAAUACUUUAUAGACACCUGAGUACAUUGUUUUCUACUUUAUAGACAACUGAGUACAUUGUUUAACAAUUUAGAAACACCUGAGUACAUUGUUUAAUGCUUUCGAGACACUUGAGUACAUUGUUAAAUAAUUUAGAGACACCUGAGUACAUUGUUAAAUAAUUUAGAGACACCUGACUACAUUGUUUAAUGCUUUCGAGACACUUGAGUACAUUGUUAAAUAAUUUAGAGACACCUGAGUACAUUGUU